UGCUCCGCGAGGUCCGCUGUAAAAUGUGUCCGUGUGAGAUUUAAACAGGAAACGUGUUUUCCCGCUGCCCUUUGUUAUUGUCCAGCAGCUCGGACGCUGAUUCACGUGCGAAUAAAAUAAUUGAAGUUUAGACUCAUGGCUUCGUCUAAUUACUCCUUAAAGGUCAACAGAGACCUUCUGGACCCGAAGUUUGAGAGUUACAGGUUGUCUCUGGACCCCAUACCGACCUACGACGUCGAGCUGGAUGCUGAGGUGGAGGAGGUGAAGCUGAAGGACUCUCAGUACACCCUGGAACACAUGCGUGCUUUUGGCAUGUUCAAUUACCUGCACAUAGACCCGUGGUGUGAGGACAGUGUUUUAUUUGUGGACUGCAAAGGACGAGUCCUCAGUCUCACCGUGACUCUUGACACGGCUCUGGGGAAACCCACGGAGGUUUACCGUCUUCCUGCAGCAGAGUCCGCUCAGCGCGAGGACCGAGUGUGUGCCUCGCUCAGCCUCACCUCGGAGACCUGGGCGGCUCUUUCAGACGGCGCCGGCCGACUGAUGCUCCUCCGCACCGGCAAGAGAGGAGAGGACUCUCGCCUGAAGUGGGACCCUCUGUUCAGCGAGGACGUUGGCGAGCCGUUCAUCAUCCUCCACAGCGUCUCGCACGUCCACGCCGACCUCCACACCGUGGAGGUCCUGCUGCUGCGCGUCCAGAAAGACCCGCAGGAGUCCACAGGGAGCGGGUUCUGCGUGACUCUGGAGUGGAUCACGGUCUCCAGCGCUGCAGGACCUGGUCAGGAGGAGGCGUACGAGGUGAGGAAGAGGAGGCUCCUCAGGGGGAAGUCGGUGCCUCACUACGCAGCCGUGGAGCCUCGGGGGAAGGGGCUGAUGGUGGCCUCGGAGAAGCCUUUCGUCUUCACGCACGUGGACGGGCGUCCCGUGGAGCAGCCGGAGCCUAUGGAGGUGGAGGCCACAGAUCCGCUCUACUUCUGGCAGCAGACGUCAGAAGACCUCACCGUCUGUGUGCGGAUCCCCGAGGGCGUCACCCGAGAGGACGUCCGGUUCCAGCUGACGGCGGACCACCUGAGCGUCGGAGUUCAGGGGUUUCCCCCAAUCCUGGAAGGCCAGCUGUACGGGUCCGUGGAGCCCGAGGCCAGCGCCUGGAUCAUCAAAAACAAUAAAAGCCUGGAGCUGAGUCUGCAGAAGCUCAGGGAGGGAGCCAUGUGGCCGGAGCUGGUGACGGGAAACAGGAGGGGGGAGCUGGUGCUGAGUGACGAGCAGGCCGCCCUGAUCCACGACAGACUCACCCAUCUGACCUCUGAAGAUCUGGCUGGAAACCUGGACCGAGACAAGCCUGCCUGCAACUCCCAGGAGCUGGAGGACUGUGACGUGUUUCCAGAAGACAGCUCCAGCCUCACACACUUUGACGGAGAUUCACUCAGACCCACUCAGGUGGUGAACCUCAGCAGCCAUCAGUACCUGUUCACGGUGGACGUGGACCCGUCUCAGAUGCCGUGUCUCUGUCUCCGACACGACGUGGACGCUCUGCUCUGGCAGCCCCGCCCGGACCAGCCCGCGGACCUGUGGGAGCACGUGGCCACCUUCAACGCUCUGG